AUGACGUACGCGUUUUUAGUAGUUGCUUCUGUUGCUAUUACGCUAAAAUUAAUUUUUCUAAGUUUCUCGUUGUUUGUGACAUAUGAACAUGGGAAAAGUGAUGAAAAGGCAAAUAUGCAGACAAAGCAAAACAAAAAGGACGUGAUAAACACUUGGAAACAAUUUUCUCGUAAAUUCCUACCCAAAAUAUCGUAUUAUCCUGAAACAAGCAAUAAUAAUAUUAGUGCGAAACCA